CGCCCUCCAAGAGAAGGAGAAGUGCCUGGUGUGGACUAUAACUUUCUGACUGUGGAGGAGUUUCUGGAGUUGGAGCGAAGUGGGACCCUUCUGGAAGUAGGAACUUAUGAAGGUAACUAUUAUGGAACACCCAAGCCUCCCAGCCAGCCCCUCAGUGGGAAAGUGACUUCCACCGAUGCUUUGCAAAACCUGCAGUCUGGCUCCAAGCAGUCGACUCCAAAGCGAACCAAGUCUUACAAUGAUAUGCAAAAUGCUGGCAUAGUGCAUACGGAGAAUGAGGAAGAGGAUGAUGUACCUGAAAUGAGCAGUAGCUUCACAGCAGAGUCUGGUGACCAAGACGACCAUAAUACACAUAUCGUAAGAGAGACAGCCCCACCAUCCGCAAUUGAUAGCCACACCAACGUUCCCACCACGGAACCAUCUCAGAACCUCCCUCAAUACCUACCUCCUUCUGCCGAGGAUAACCUAGGUCCUCUGCCGGAAAACUGGGAGAUGGCCUACACCGAGAAUGGAGAAGUCUAUUUUAUAGACCAUAACACAAAAACAACAUCUUGGCUAGAUCCACGGUGCCUGAACAAACAGCAGAAGCCUCUAGAAGAAUGUGAAGAUGAUGAAGGGGUACACACGGAGGAACUGGACAGUGAACUAGAGUUGCCCGCUGGUUGGGAGAAAAUUGAGGAUCCCGUAUAUGGUGUCUACUAUGUAGACCACAUCAACCGGAAAACACAGUAUGAAAACCCAGUUCUUGAAGCAAAGAGGAAGAAACAGCUUGAGCAACAGCAACAGCCACCAGAAGAAUGGACAGAGGAGUGUCCAUCUCUCCCACCACCCGCUGCUCCAAACCAUGUUUCAAACAACCAAGAGGCAGCUCGGGAAGCACCAGUGCAAGGAAAACCUUUUUUUACACGAAACCCGUCUGAGUUGAAAGGGAAGUUCAUCCACACCAAGCUAAGGAAAAGCAGCAGGGGUUUUGGCUUCACUGUCGUUGGAGGGGAUGAGCCAGAUGAAUUUCUCCAAAUCAAAAGUUUGGUGCUUGAUGGCCCCGCGGCGCUGGAUGGCAAAAUGGAGACAGGGGACGUCAUAGUCAGCGUGAACGAUACCUGCGUGCUGGGGCACACUCACGCUCAAGUUGUGAAAAUCUUCCAGUCCAUCCCCAUCGGUGCCAGCGUAGACCUCGAACUGUGCCGAGGCUACCCCUUGCCCUUCGAUCCCGAUGAUCCCAACACGAGCCUGGUUACAUCCGUGGCAAUUUUGGACAAAGAGCCCAUCAUUGUGAACGGGCAGGAAAAUUACGACUCCCCGGCGAGCCACAGUAGUAAAACAGGGAAAGUAAAUGGCACAAAGGAAGCAAGACCCAGCAGCCCAGCUGAGGUCUCUUCCAAUGGACCCCAUGGUUACCCCAAUGACACAGUCUCUUUGGCAUCUUCGAUAGCAACGCAACCUGAACUCAUAACUGUGCAUAUAGUGAAAGGGCCUAUGGGCUUUGGGUUUACUAUAGCAGACAGUCCUGGUGGAGGCGGCCAAAGAGUGAAACAAAUCGUGGACAGCCCGCGGUGCCGCGGCCUGAAGGAGGGCGACCUUAUAGUUGAAGUCAACAAGAAGAAUGUGCAGAGCCUCACUCACAACCAGGUGGUGGAUAUGCUGAUUGAAUGUCCUAAGGGAAGCGAAGUCACGUUGCUGGUGCAGCGAGGAGGACUGCCGGUCCCAAAGAAGAGCCCAAAGUCGCAACCACUUGAAAGGAAAGACAGCCAAAACAGUUCUCAGCAUAGCGUCUCCAGCCACCGCAGCGGGCACACUGCUUCCCCCGUUCACAGCACGCAGGUGCUGCCGGACUACACCGCCGCGGAGGCGCCGGCUGCGGAUCAACCGGACAGUUCUGGGCAGAAAAAGCCAGAUCCAUUCAAAAUCUGGGCCCAGUCCAGGAGCAUGUAUGAAAGCCGACCUAUGUCACCUUCGCCUGCAACUGGACUGAGCAAGGGUGAGAGAGAGAGAGAAAUCAAUUCCACGAGUUUUGGAGAAUGUAAGAUUCCAGAUUACCAAGAGCAGGAUAUCUUUCUAUGGAGAAAGGAAACCGGUUUUGGAUUUAGGAUUCUAGGUGGAAAUGAGCCUGGAGAACCUAUUUACAUCGGUCACAUUGUACCGCUGGGUGCUGCUGAUGCUGACGGCCGCCUGAGAUCGGGUGAUGAACUGAUCUGCGUGGAUGGAACACCCGUUGUCGGGAAAUCGCACCAGCUUGUCGUCCAGCUUAUGCAACAGGCAGCCAAACAAGGUCACGUCAAUCUGACCGUCCGGCGCAAAGUGGUUUACACAGUUCCCAAGGCAGAGAAUGAAGUCCCGUCCCCAGCCUCUUCCCACCACAGCAGCAACCAGCCAGCCUCGCUGACAGAGGAGAAGCGAACACCGCAGGGCAGCCAGAACUCCCUCAACACCGUCAGCUCGGGCAGCGGCAGCACCAGUGGCAUCGGCAGCGGCGGUGGCGGGGGCAGCGGUGUCGUCAGCACCGUGGUCCAGCCCUACGAUGUGGAAAUCCGCCGCGGCGAAAACGAGGGGUUUGGCUUCGUCAUUGUCUCGUCGGUGAGCAGGCCGGAGGCGGGGACGACAUUUGGUCGGAUAAUUGAAGGGAGUCCCGCAGACCGCUGUGGCAAGCUGAAAGUAGGCGAUCGGAUCUUGGCCGUGAACGGGUGCUCCAUCACCAACAAGUCGCAUUCAGACAUCGUCAACCUCAUUAAGGAAGCGGGAAACACCGUUACCCUGCGCAUCAUUCCAGGAGAUGAAUCCUCCAAUGCUACUUUAUUGACCAAUGCAGAAAAAAUUGCUACAAUUACAACCACACAUACUCCUCAGCAAAUACCACAGGAGACCAGGAACAACACCAAACCAAAGCAGGAAUCCCAGUUUGAUUUCAAACCACCCCAAGCAGCACAGGAUCAAGACUUUUACACUGUCGAGCUGGAAAGAGGAGCCAAAGGGUUUGGCUUUAGCCUGCGAGGUGGCCGGGAGUAUAAUAUGGAUCUGUACGUGUUGCGGCUCGCAGAGGAUGGUCCAGCUGAGAGAUGUGGGAAGAUGCGGAUCGGUGAUGAAAUCUUAGAGAUCAACGGAGAAACUACCAAGAACAUGAAGCAUGCUCGGGCCAUCGAACUGAUUAAAAACGGUGGCCGCAGGGUCCGCCUGUUUCUGAAACGUGGAGAUGGCUCUGUCCCAGAAUAUGACCCCAGCAGUGACAGGAACAGUCCCGCCACAGGUUCACAAAAUGUAUCGGAAAUGAAACCCGUGCCAUCCGACCGACGGCAGCACCCAUCAUCGGAGUCCAGUUAUCCACCAGACCUUCACAAAUCAUCACAACAUGGGGACAAGCGGACUUACGUUAGAGACCUAAAAGGCAGCAGAGAGUUUAGCAGACAUCCCAAUGAACACCACACUUGGAAUGGGACUUCUAAAACCAACGACCACGUGCCAGGCAGGAGGACGGAGAGGUCGCCGGAGAGGCGGCACGAGAGGCAGCCGGAGAGGGCGGUGGUGAACGGGCAGAAAAGGAGGUCUCCCGAAAAGCGGAGGGAAGGGACAAGGAGCGCUGACAACACUUUGGAGAGGCGGGAGCGACACGAAAGGAGGAGAGAACUCUCCCCGGAGAGGCGCAGAGAGCGGUCUCCCAGCCGGCGCCGGCGGUCACUGGAGAGACUCACCGACUGCGGCUGUGACAUUAGCCUGGAGCUGCCUCUGGCUGCUGUCAGUUUUCAGGGCUGGUACGAGAUUUCUGGUGGAGUCGGUGAGCCUGAUCUUCCUCUUGCAGACCGUGGAGUAAAUCAGAGUGACUCUGCAGAGGCAGUGGAGUAA